ACGGUGCCACACUAGCCCCGCCCCGCCCCGGCUCUGGCAGAUUACGCGCAACUCAAUUGAGUUGAGACAGAAAGUAAAGCGACAAGCAAAGAAAGUACCGAAAUAAAUGAUGAAAGUACUUGCGGUCCACGGAGUAUUACCGACUGCGCUGUGUGUAUAACGACGGGUUUGCUCUGACUCCUCAAACAGCACAGCCUAUGCUAUAGAAGAACCUCUCCUGAAGAGGUGGGACGGGAGCAGAUGCAGUCUCCCCCACAGCUCUUCACUGUCAAUGCCUGCACCUGGGUCAGCAGUUUCUGCCAGCUUAGUCAGUUAGGGAAUAAGCAAUCCACGGAGGAACUGGAAACCAUGUCUGUCAGCGUGCACGAGAACCGGAAGUCCCGCUCCAGCACGGGCUCUAUGAACAUCUCCCUGUUCCACAAGCCCUCGCACCCGGACAGCGUGCUCACCCACCUCAACACCCUGCGCAAGCAGUGCAUGUUUACUGACGUCACCCUGUGGGCAGGCGAGCGCUCCUUCUCCUGCCACCGCGCAGUGCUGGCUGCCUGCAGCCGCUACUUCGAGGCCAUGUUCAGCGGGGGCCUGCGCGAGAGCCUGGACAGCGAGGUGAACUUCCACGACAGCGUGCACCCCGAGGUGCUGGAGCUGCUGCUGGACUUCGCCUACUCCUCGAGGGUCGUCAUCAACGAGGAGAAUGCGGAGUCCCUGCUGGAGGCCGGGGACAUGCUGCAGUUCCACGACAUCCGGGACGCAGCGGCCGAGUUCCUGGAGAAGAACCUACACUCCUCCAACUGCCUCGGCAUGAUGCUGCUCUCGGACGCCCAUCAGUGCAAGCACCUCUACGAGCUCUCCUGGAGGAUGUGCCUGGUACACUUUGAGGCUGUGAGGGACUCGGAGGACUUCUAUGGACUCUCCAAGGACAAGCUCUUGGAUCUCAUCCUCAGUGACGAGCUGGAGGUCGAGGAUGAGCAGAUAGUCUACCAUGCCGUCAUCCGCUGGGUCCGCUGCGACCUGGACAGCAGGAAGGACCACCUCCCAGAGCUCCUGAGGGGGAUCCGCCUGGCCCUGCUGCCUUCUGAGUACUUGAUUGAGGCGGUGGCCUGCGAGGAACUGGUGCUCUCAGACAAGAGGAGCCGGCAGAUUGUGGAGGAGGCUGUCCAGUGCAAGAAGAGGAUCCUUCAGAACGACGGAGUGGUCACCAGCCCCUGCGCGCGCCCCCGCAUGGCUGGACACACCCUGCUCAUCCUGGGGGGCCAGACCUUCAUGUGCGACAAGAUCUACCAGGUGGACCACAAGGCCAAGGAGAUCAUCCCCAAGUCGGACCUGCCCAGCCCCAGGAAGGAGUUCAGUGCCUGUGCCAUUGGGUGCAAAGUGUACAUAACCGGGGGGCGGGGGUCUGAGAAUGGUGUUUCCAAGGAUGUUUGGGUUUAUGACACAGUUCUCGAAGAGUGGUCUAAAGGCGCCCCUAUGUUGAUCGCUCGCUUUGGCCACGGCUCUGCCGAACUGGAGAACAGCUUGUACGUCGUUGGUGGACACACAGCCAUAGCAGGCGUAUUCCCUGCCUCCCCUUCCGUCUCUCUAAAGCAGGUGGAGAGGUACGACCCCCUCACCAACAAGUGGAUAAUGAUGGCGCCCCUGAGGGACGGAGUAAGCAACGCAGCCGUGGUCAGCGCUAAACUGAAAUUGUUUGUUUUUGGCGGCACCACCAUCCACCGGGACAAAGCCUCCAAGGUCCAGUGCUACGACCCUGUGGAAAACCGCUGGGCCAUCGCGGCCGAGUGCCCCCAGCCCUGGCGAUACACAGCCGCCGCGGUCUUGGGCAGCCAGAUCUUCAUCAUGGGCGGUGAUACCGAAUUCACCGCCGUCUCCGCCUACCGCUUCGACUGUGAGACCAAUCAGUGGACGCGAGUCGGGGACAUGACCUCCAAACGCAUGAGCUGCCACGCCGUGGCUUCCGGCAACAAGCUCUAUGUGGUGGGGGGCUACUUUGGCACCCAGCGCUGUAAGACGUUAGACUGCUACGACCCUACCGCGGACAGCUGGAAUAGUAUAACCACUGUGCCUUACUCCCUCAUUCCUACUGCGUUUGUCAGCACUUGGAAACACCUACCUGCCUGAGAGGGGAGCUUCACCAAGGAGUUCAACAUUCAACCAAAUUAAGAGGCCAUGGUUUUGCUCACUGCGUCCUUCCAACCCCAGGGCUGGAAUAGGAACUCCUGAUUGGGCGACAGGGCAGUGGCUGGACAGUCUGGGUGUGUGUUUAUUUUUUAUUUUUUUAAAACAGCCUUCUGAUUACCUGACAGGAGUGGAGCAGAACUGGAGGAAGUGUGGUUUCCAUGGCAACAAUGGAAGGGGCUCCUGGGAUUGUCUUCGCCCCCUGGUUCCUGUGGUGUCUCUUUAGCCACAUUGCUGAUGAACUGGUAUACUAACUGAGAUGCAUUUGUUUCUCAAACUUUUAACACGUUCUGUUUUUUACAGACUAGACUAGUUUAAUAUAAACAAACACCACAACCCAAACCUGGAACACAUUGAAUUGACAUUUUCGUCCCUCCUUCUUCACAGAUUCUGAUUUAAGUCAGGGCUUGGAAUUAUUUAAAAAUGUUGGUUCAUACAUUCACCUUUCGCUUCCAUAAGCUUCAUGCAAGCACUGACCCAGGUCGACAGGGCUUCAUGCAAGCACAGACCCUGGUUGACAGAGCUUCACUUGUGUAACCUGACAAGGAUCCAGAUGCAGAGAGGCAGUGUGUUUCCAUGCCAGAUGCAGAAGGGCUCAACUGAACUUCGUACACUGUUUUAGAGUAGCAUUAUUAACUCCUAUAUCAACGGGUUGCUUCUGCACAUUGGCAUCAGCUGAAUCUGGUCCUUUUCAAAAGACUGCAUUGCCUGUUUGUAGGUGGUGAUUUGCUGGUUCCCAGUCAAUAGACGGCACAGUUUUGCUGUGCACACAUUUGAAGAAUGUCUUCCAGAUCAACUCAAAAUAACACAGCUGUGAAAACCUAUUAUUGAUCCAGAUUCAUAAAAAAGUUAAUAGAUUGAGUAAAUGACAUGGCUCCUUUUAUGGUUAGAGGGAUAGAAAUAUGAUCUAGCCUGUGAUAACCGGUCCUGUACAGUACGCUUGCUGAGAGAAACAUGGGCUCCUCGAAACUCAAAUUCUGAGAGUACGUCUUCCCGGCUGUAAGGAACUGGAUUCAAUUGAGUUGUUUUUAUAAACUUCAGUACAGGACAUGAUGUGAUGAACGAGUUUCUUUGAUAAAACCUGCACUGGAUGAAGCCUCUUUCAAGGAAGUCACCCCAGGGCUUCAGAAAAGGUUACUGAGAUACUAAGUAAAAUUUCGAUUUUAAUUUUCCUGGAGACACACUGCUGUACUUAAGAGGUGGAAACUAGAAAGUCUGUUUGUUUACUGUUUUUAAAACAUGCACACUAGUUAUCAAAACCAAUGGGGAGGAGGAGGGGUUAAGGGCUAGGAUAUAUUUUAUUAAAAAAAACUGCCUGUUUGUUUGAAGAUUUGUUUCCAGUCUAUUUUUUUUUUUUAUUUCAUAUUCAGUGUGUGGAGUGGUAGAGUAAUAUCCAUUUCAUACUGGUGCAUGGUAACUAAUAAAACAAUGCGUUUCUGUAUUGAUAUCCAAUAUCGAGCUAGCUAAAGAAAAAAUACAAGUCUGUAAAUGUAACAUGCAGUAAAACACUUUUCUGGUGAGCAAGAAAUAAACCAGCAACACAUGAAUUAUUGCUCCUCAGUGUGGCCCUGAGCUCAGACUGUGCAUGAGCAGCAUUGCUCCUCAGUGUGGCCCUGAGCUCAGACUGUGCAUGAGCAGCAUUGCUCCUCAGUGUGGCCCUGAGCUCAGACUGUGCAUGAGCAGCAUUGCUCCUCAGUGUGGCCCUGAGCUCAGACUGUGCAUGAGCAGCAUUGCUCCUCAGUGUGGCCCUGAGCUCAGACUGUGCAUGAGCAGCCAAUGAGCAUUAGGAAACAUGGGGAAGAAAAGCAGCAGUUUUAUUCCAUGUACUUUCACUCUCAGUGUGCUGUACUUUAGCAUCAAAGCAGAGCUUCUGCACAUGACUUAACGUUGCAUCCCUCCAGACCAAUUUAAACAUUGUGCAGAGCGGUGGCAUGGAGUCGGUGCUGCCCUCGAUGGCCUGCACCCUGUUGACUCUGUCUAUCCUCCUGUCACUACACCACGUACAGGAGAGGGGGUGUUCAAUGUGCUACGUGCCACAAGCAGUAUAUUCAUCUCGUUUGUCACAGAAGCAAGCUUUUCUAUUAUAAUUAUUCAUUUUACUGUUCUGAAAACGACAGCAUGCAAGAUAGAAAGCACAUCCAUAAAAAUAAAACUCUUUAAUCGUAA